AUGCUCCCCCAGGAAGUUGCGAUCAAGAUCGAGCGAUGGAUGAGGAUGCCGUCCUCCCAGAUCCUCUGGGUCGAGGGACCGGUGAGCACGCACUGCGAGGAGCAGCUAACCAACGCGGCAAAACACAUCGUGAGCCUCGUUCUGGAUGCGGGCAUCGCGUGCGUGUCCUUCUUCGGAAGGCCGAGGCUGCGGCGGCCCAACAGCACCCCUGCUACCGGCGGCGACGCUGGGAAGCCCGGCCGUCGCCGGUGGGAGGGACCACCGCCUACCCCGCGCGAGGCCACAGCGACAGCCCUCCUAUACUCGGUGGUGGCGCAGCUGGUGCACCUCCUCCCCGGCGAGUUCGACUGCCCGGCCUCGCCGAGGUUCGAGGAGGCGUUUGGCGCCCUGGACGGCAGCCCGGCGAGCCAUCCCGCCGCCCUCGACCUUGUCCGCGCCAUGCUGCCACUCUCGCCGCCGACGCUCGUGCUCGUGUUUGACAGGCUGCAUCUGGCAGACGGCGCGGCGACAAGGCCGGUGCUCGGCGCGCUCGUCGGGCUGCUGCGGGCUCACGGGGCGGGGACCGGCCGAGUCGUCAAGGUCAUGUUCACAACUGCCGGGUCCUGCCCGCUGCUCGCCAAGACGCUAGAGAAGGGCGAAAAGGUCGAUGCAGGCAGGAUGGCUCAGGCCCGACUGGGGCAACCGCUCAAGGGCUGGAGCUCGAGUUCGGGGCUUGGGAAGAGGGGCAAAAAAAACCAGAAACCGGUGAAGAAGAGGGGAGUGCGGCCUCCCCAGAGUAAUUCUUGA